GCCAGAGCCGCCCUGGGCUCCAUCGGUACCGUGGGCCUCCGAACACGUGGCCCACAAGCGAAGAAGCAUGGGCCUCUAUUCUGAAGGCGACGUUCCCUCGCGUUAAUUGUGGUUUAGGUUCCGUUCCCCAAUUUUACUUGACGCUCCCUCCUCCCUCCUCCCUCUCUCUUGUCUUCUCCCUUGCGGCGAUCCGGAUUCCGCCGCAACGGCCCCUCUCGCCUUCUCCCUCGCGGCGCUCGAUCCCUCCGGAUUGGCGCGUGGAGGGGACAGUGAUCAGCUGGUUCAACAAAACUAGUAAAGAUGGCAUCAGAAGGGAACAAAGACGUACCUCAUGAAGCUUUGACCGUGGAUCACUCAUCGAUUUCGGGUUCAAAGCGCAAGCGUGGCCGCCCAAGGAAAUAUGAGUAUCCUGUAAAUGAACUACCACAGAAGGUACAGCCCAUCCAGAGCGCCCCACCUCUUCUUCACUGCACACAAGAUGGCUCAAGUCUGGCCAGCCAUGCAUCUGGUGGCGGUGCUCAUGGUAAUUGGUCCGCUCAACCUAGGAAUUCAGCUAAUGCUUCUCUUCAAGGUAAUUCUGGCAAAGAUGACUUUCUUGGCAAGCAUUUUGUGGGCAAGCUGACCAAGAAAGUUCCUGGGUUUUCGCUCAUUACGGUAAAAGUGAAGGACAAUCAGGUGCUCAAAGGUUGGGUUCCAGAUGAAAUUAAUCUCCGCCCAAUAACACCUAAGGAUGACCUUGCCCCAGAGCUACCCAUGCUGCGACCGAGUCAAGUUCGAAAGCGAGCAUCAGCGAUCCAUAUGCAACCUGCUCUUCCUGUGCCAAUGCACUUGGAGAAUGUUACACUUGCAAAGCCUCUGCAGAUGAGGAGACCUGUUGAGAAAACUAUUGCUAAGCAUGCUGUGCCUCUUGCUUCUAGGCCUUACAUUAGUUCUGGUGUUGUUGCAGCAAUACCUAUAUCGGUUGCUCCCAUCAAUCCUGAAAUGAGAACUUCGGCCAGGCAGGAUGCUGAACUUGUGAUCCCACAAUCAUCAGUUUCUGCAGUGCCAAUAAAAUUUGUUUGUCCUGCCUCGGUACCAUGCAAGCAACUGGCUAAUCAAAAUGAGUUUACUGGAAAUAAGUCUGUUGAUGAGGUUCAGAAAGAUUCGGAAUCUCCAAAUGUAACCAAGGAAUCACCAGUGAAAGCUGAAAAACCAAACAUUGCUCUUGUGGAUGUAGUGGCCAAGGAUUCUCUAGGGGAAGGGCAACAACUUAAUGAUCAAGUAACGGAUGUAGUUAGGGAUUUUUCUGGUCAAACUCAAAAUGUUGAUGUGACAAUGUCUGAUGAGAUCAAGAUAGCAUCAGGUGCCAGAGAUAAGCCAAAUUCUGCAAAUUGUGAACAGCAGAGUUCUAAGGAACCAUCAGACAUCACAGAACAAUCUGAGCAGCUCAAGACAGAGACCGAUGUCCAGAAAGGAGUUGAUGCCUCAGAUGACAUUCAUCCUGCGCAUGAUGAACAAUAAAUCAAGGUUGUCGGUAAGUGAAAAUAGAGAUCAAGAUUCAACGAACACAACACAGAUCCUGAUGUUUAGUGGAAGUUUGCUGCCUGUAAUGUUUCUGUCAGGCUUAUUGGGAUGUGGAGCUGGAAUUUUAGCAUGGACCAAUGCUUUAGGUGUAUAGGUGAGAGAUUAAGUAGAGUUACAUAAACCCAAAAAAAAUCACCUAGGACGUAGCAGUUAUAGCACAGAGAGAAUACUUGAUGGACUUCUCAUUUUUAGGAAGAUGACCCGGCUUAAAGUUAUUUUGAACUCCUGGUCUUGUAAUAUGCCUUUUUAAUAUUUUAAGCUCUAUUCACAGACAUAUGGAAACAUGAUGCUAUACAGGAAAACUUGCAUGUUAUAUGUAAUGGCCCUCUUGUUUGUUGUUA